AUGGCGCUUGGAGGAAAAGCGGCCAACAGCACGGCGCCCCCUCCGCAGGCCGGCGUGCUGGAGGGCCUGAAUCCGAUCGCGUACACACCUUCAAAUCCGAUCACUCUGUUCAUCAUCCAGGCAAACCCGCUCCGUUUGCUGAACCAGCCGCGGGUCAUCGCCGAGGUGCUCGGCGGCAUCUUGCUGGGGCCCUCGGUGAUGAUGCGAAUUCCCGGCUUCCAAGAGAACAUCUUCCCCACUGCUUCCAUUCCCGUUUUCAGAAAUGUGGCCGAGGUGGGAUUGUUGGUCUUCCUCUUCCUGGUCGCUCUCGAGGUCGACCUACGUCUCUUCACGCAGAACUGGAAGGCCGCACUGAGUGUUGGCCUGGCCGGCAUGAUCAUCCCCUUUGGGUUGGGCUUUGCCAUCGCCUACGGCAUCUACCACCAGUUCCACGCGGGCGUUGCCGAGUCCCCCAUCGGGUUCGGCGUCUUUGGUCUCUUCAUCGGCACCGCCCUCGCCAUCACCGCGUUCCCCGUGCUCUGCCGUAUCCUGUCCGAACUGAACCUCCUCCGCUGCAACGUCGGCGUGACUGUGUUGGCAGCCGGUAUCGGCAACGACGUGACGGGCUGGAUCCUGCUGGCGCUAUGCGUGGCGCUGGUCAACAACGGCAACGGCCUGUCGGCGCUCUGGGCCUUGCUCUGCUGUAUUGGUUGGACGCUGGUGCUGUGCUUUGCCGUCCGACCUCCGUUCAUCUGGGUCUUGAGGCGGACCGGUAGUCUGCACAAUGGCCCUACCCAGGGCGUGGUCGCCCUGACCAUGCUCAUUAUGCUCGCCUCGGCCUGGUUUACCGGCAUUAUCGGCGUCCAUCCCAUCUUUGGCGCCUUUCUCGUCGGCCUGAUCUGCCCGCACGACGGCGGUUUCGCCAUCAAGUUGACCGAAAAGAUUGAGGAUUUGAUCUCGGUUCUGUUUCUGCCGCUGUACUUUGCCCUGUCCGGCCUCAACACCAAUCUGGGCUUGUUGAACGAUGGCAUCACGUGGGCCUAUGUCGUUGGCAUUAUCGUGUGUGCCUUUGUUGGCAAGAUUGCAGGUGGCACUCUGGCUGCCCGGGCCAACAAGCUGCUAUGGCGGGAGAGCUUGACCAUUGGGUGUCUGAUGAGUUGUAAGGGUUUAGUCGAGCUUAUCGUACUGAACAUCGGCCUCCAAGCUGGGAUCCUGUCGGAGACUACCUUCACCAUGUUUGUCGUCAUGGCCCUGGUGACCACCGUCGCCACGACGCCGCUCACUAAAGCCCUCUACCCGCCGUGGUACCAGAAGAAGGUCGAAAAGUGGCGAAAGGGGGAAAUUGACUGGGACGGAAACCCCACCGACCAAUCCGAGUCCGGAGAAUCGCGAGAGCGGCCCGUCGAGUCGCAGAUCCGCCGUCUCAUGGUGCAUCUCCGUCUCGACAGUCUGCCGAGUCUGUUCACCUUUAUCACGCUGCUCAGCCCAGAGACUGGUCCAGAGCCCAAUCAGCCGGCUGUCAAGGAGGACCCCUCCCCCAACCAUGUAGAGGCCAAAAAGAAGCCCCUAGAAGUCCACGGCCUGCGCGUGAUCGAACUCACCGACCGUACCUCCUCCGUGAUGCACCUCACCGAAGGAGACGACUCCUACUCCCUCCGCGACCCCGUCGUCAACGCCUUCCGCACCUUCUCCCAGCUCCACGACGUCGCAGUCUCCGGCCGCGUCGCCGUUGUCCCCGCCGACUCCUACGCCGAGACCCUCGUCCACCAAGCCUCCGAAACCUCCUCCGACUUCGCCCUCAUCCCCUGGGGCGAAUACGGCAGCGUAUCCGAGGACCUCUCCUACCCUGUCGCCAUGAGCGCCAGCGAACGUUUCCGGUCCGCCGCCCACCUCGACUUUAUCACACAGACGCUGCACCAGGCAGCCAAGACCUGCAACGCGGGCAUUUUUAUUGAUAACGGCUUCGGCGGUAUCACCAAGCCGGCUGCUGCCGACCGGCCCGAUCUCGCCCGCACCAAGAGCGCCAUGUCCAUCCACAGUUAUCGUCCCGAACUGGCUACCCUCCCUGUCGCUAACAAAUCCCACCAUAUCUUCUUUCCCUUUUUCGGUGGACCAGACGACCACGUCGCCAUCCGUCUGGUCUUGCAACUCGCCAAAAACCAGCACGUCACCGUCUCCAUCACCCGAAUCACAUGGCCUGUCAAUCCCAACCCGGUCGACCCAAACAACCAGACACCAGCGUCCUCCUCCAACCCAGCCAUCCGCACCUCCCAAGAAGCAGUAGCAGAAGCCCAAGCCGAAGCCUACCGUCGCCAGGCCGAAGCAGACGCCGUGUUCUUCUCGACUAUGCAGGCUUCCCUUCCCGCGGAGCUUGCCGGGCGGGUGGUGUUUGCUGAGGUGGAGAUCUCGGCAUCACCUACGAGUUCGGCGUCUGCGCUGGGUGAGGUGGUGGUGCUGGCGCAGAAGGCGGUGGGUAUGAAUUUGAAGAAUGCGGGGGAUGUGGUUGUUGUUGGGAGGCGGGGUGCUGGUGGGGUUGGUGGUGGUGCUGGUGUUGGGAGCAGUAGUAGCAGUGGGAGUGGUGUGGAAGGGACGGAACUGGGUAAGGCGGUGGGGGUGGUGGCUGAAAGGUUGGUGACGGUUGGGGUGAAGGCGAGUGUGUUGGUUGUGCAGGCUGGUGGGCAGGGGGGGAAGGGGGAUUUGUUUAGUUAUGCUUAG